AAGCCCCCCUCGCCAGAAGGUGGAGUACCAUCCCCCGUUCACUAUUAAAUUCUCCGCCUAUAAAGUUGUAGCGUGAGGCGCGCGCCCGCCUCAGAAACACUCCACCCUUCGUUCCAUGAUCCUGCAUUGAGGAUUCUCACGAUGAGAGCAUUACAAAUAUUAUUACUUGUGCUGCCUUUAUGCACCGCGCAGUUUCGCAUUCAAGGGCCCAGCGACGGCAAUCGUAGGGCGCAGGGUCUAAAAUACGACAAUGAUAAGGGAAUUCAGUACGAUGAUCAAAGAGAUUCCUUAGGCACCGGUGAUUUUUCCAUAACGGGUGCGUCAGACGGAAGUUCACAAAUUCAAGGAGCCAGCGACGGCAACUCAAAUUUCCAGAUUCAUGGAGCCACUGAUGGUCUCGCUAAUUUUCACAUUCGAGGGCCGACUGACUCCAACGCUCAGUUCCAAAUUCAAGGGGCUACCGAUGGAAAUGCCGAUUUCCAGAUUCAGGGAGCUACCGAUGGAAACGCUAAUUUUCACAUUCAAGGAGCUACCGAUGGAAAUGCUAAUUUUCACAUUCAAGGAGCUACCGAUGGAAACAGUCAGAGUUCGAUUCAAGGGCCACAAGAUCACAAUCAGAGAGCUUUGUCGUACAAGGAUUCAUCAGGCUCGACACUGAACUGGAAAUCUUAUCAGCAUUCGGCAAGGCCACAGCCUCAGGUCCAAUACGAAGAGCCUGUUCAGUACGCCCCAGCUCCUGCCCCUCGUCGGAAAUCUGGGAGACGACCACAAGGUCAAUCCCAACCAAUUCAGGCCCCAGUAGCACCAGAGAACAACUACAAGGUAUUUAACUCUGCACCACCUGCGAUUCAGCAGCUGCUACAGUUCCAGCAGCAAGCUCCUUAUCAGAACAUCAUCCCUCCACAAUUCAGAUAUGACUUCCAUGGUCCUCCACCUGCUGCUGUGGGUGGUCAGCAAGAAGAGGCAUCACCUGUAGCAUCUCUUCCUCAAGAACAACCCACGCGCUCGCAAUAUCGAGCGAAAGCUCGAGGACGCCCAAGGGAGCGACGCGCUGCUCAAGGUCAGUCUCGUCACAGACAACAAAAGGCACCUCAGAGAAUUGCUGGACCACCUGCAGAACCCCAGCCUCAUCUAUCCAGUAAUAUACCAGCUACCAUUCAAGGAAUCCUGGACUUCCAAGCGAAAGCACCUUACGUCAAUCACAUUCCUGAGCAAUGGAGAUACGAAAGACUGCUAGAACAGGAGAAGAACCUUCCGCCACCUCAGUAUCAACGUCAGCCAGCACCGCAGCCGGUUCGCCACAGCCAACGGGUUAGGGAGAGGAGAGAAGCUCAACACCAACAAGGGCAACCCAAGUACAAUGCUAAUCUUCCAGGUCAUCUCCAAAAACUAUUGCAGUUCCAGGCUUCCACCCCCUAUACUAGUGUGAUCCCUGAACAAUACAGUUACGAGAAACUCCUGGCAGCGCAGAAGGGCCAACACAGACAGAAACGUCAAUCUCCGGCAUAUCAGCAUAGUCAGCAAUCCCAGGUGGAUCUUUCCCAAUACAGGAGAAUAUCCCAGCCCCAACAGUCUCAGCAGUCGCUUCCCCAGUACUCCUCGAACAUUCCGGGAUCGUUGAAGCAGCUCCUGAACUUCCAGUCCCAAGUGCCUUACGAUAUCAUCGCCAACAACAUUCAAUACCGUCUCGACAAGCCCUACGUUCCCCAGCCAGUGCAAGCACCUCAGCCAGCACCGAUCUCUCAGGUCCCUCAGCAUACUCAGAGACCUCAGCCGUUAGCUCCUCAGUAUCAACAGGCUCAGAAACCCGUCUAUCAACUCCCCCAGAAUGAAUUCCCUUCCUCUCAACCCCAGUAUCAGCAGCCACAAGGAUCUCUUUAUCAGCCGAGCCCCCUUGCUCAACCACAAUUCCAGCAGGCACCUCAAGCUCAUCAAGGUCUCCUUCAGCCUUCCCCUCUUCAACAGCCCCAACAAGCUCAAAGACCUGUAUAUCAGAAUCCACAACAAUUGGGACAGUAUCAACCGAAUCUUCAGUCUCAGUUGAUUCGUCCUCAGUCGCAUCCUAAUCAGCUUCCGCAAUUUAAUCGGCCAUAUCAGUCUUCCUAUGCACAACAGAACAAUCCUAUUCGUCCUGUUACGGAGAAUCAGUAUUGACGGGGGAAAUUCUAGAAAGGAGCGAGACAAAGUGAAUUCCAAAUCGUCAACGAGGUCGUUUGGCUCGUUAAUGCUGGGAUCACUGAGAAAUUGAUCGAGCAUUCAUCUUUUCUUGUCCUUCUUCAGUUGAGAAGUGCGAUGAUUCGUAAAUAUUUCUUACUUUAGUUCUGUAUUGAAGGGCCAAUGAUGAUUAUUUAGAAUCAGAAGAGAUCAUCUGCGACUCUGGGCUUUUCGAAGGAAAUUGGAAUUUUGAGGGAUACGAACCGGACUACCUGCUCACAUCGAUCACACCCUCAUUUUGGCUUAUCCAUAAUUGAAUCAUAAUCAUACCGAUUUUGAGUAAAAGGAAUGAUAAAAAAUGGUAAUUCGUCCAUUAAACAUUUUCCUGAUGAUGAAGUGUCUGUUCUAAUAAGAUGAUCGUUCAUAUCAACGAUAAAAUUAAAAGCUCAAUAAAUUAUUACGUUUCCCUCCAAGACAGAAUUAAUCAUAAGUUCUUUUUGUAAUAUGCCUUGUUCAUUCAAUGUGAUACAACCGGAAGAAAUCAUAACACCUGAUAAUUAUUGUAUUUAAGAUACUUUUUGUACGAUUUAAAUAUGGAAUAAACACAACUAUUUUAGAUUAAACAA